AUGGCGAGUCUGUGCAAAAGGCAGCAAUGCACGAUAGAGAGGCGCGGCUUUCGGCAGGAACUUGACUCUUGGAGGCACAAACUCAUUCACUGUGUAGGCUUUGAAAGCAUCUUGGAAGGCUUGUUUGGGCCGGGACUAGUCAAAGAUAUCACCCUUUUCCAAGAUUGCGAGCCGGAGGAAGUGUCUGACUGGUCCUUCGACGAAAACUGUCUCUUCUGCUGCUUAAGACGCGAGAAAGUCAAGGACCACAGCGUAGAGAACGGUGGUGGCAGCCAGGUGCUGUCGGAGUGUGAAGACUUCAAACAGGAGCAGUCUCGGAUCAGCCGGCUGGAGAGACAGGCCCAAGACUUCCUCAAUGCUGUGUUCCACAGAAAAGACCUCCCAAGUUUCUCAGACCCUCACAUUCCUCUAGUGGCUCGUGAGAUCAUGCAGCGAAUGAUCCGCCAGUUCGCUGCUGAAUAUACCUCAAAAACUACUCAGGACGACCUGCCCCUGCCUAACGGCACCAUGAAGGACCAAAGCCUGCCGAGAGCGGCGUCUCUGGCCCCGGCCCCCUGCUCCCCGUCCGGCCCCCUGCCCGUGCCGAGCUCCCCUCCAUCGUCUGCCUCCUCCUCCCCAUCCCCGACCCCGGGGCCAGGCCUCAGCCCCACCUCUGCUAACGCUGCUGCUGCUGCCUCAGCACCCACCUGCACCCAGAGCAGCAACGGUACGGGAGCCAGUAACGGUGGAGGAGGAGGAGGAGGAGGUACGGCUGCUGCCUCUGCACAGAAUCCCGUCCUCAGCAAGCUUCUCAUGGCCGACCAGGACGGCCCGCUGGAUCUCACCGUGAAAAGGAACCAGGUCGACACGGAGCCCGGCCAGCAGGGUGAGAACGGCGUCCUGGACCUCUCCACCAAGAAGAACCAGAGCGCAGAGAGCCUCAAAACCUUCGCCGGCUUCUCGCCUCCGCCUGGGGUCAAAGGACGUUCUCUCAGAGUGGAACAUACCCUGCCAGAGGUGGAUGAGGAGGAUAGCCUGCUGCAGAAAAACUUGCAGGAAGGACUGAGGGAGAACUACGUCAGCUCAAACUCUUUCAAGCCCCCAUUGGCCCGCUCGCUGCGGAUCAAGGAAGAGCUCCUCAGCCAGAAGCACCGCCUCUUGAGCCAGCCUGCUGCUCUUUCAUUGGCUAAUCUAGAGGCAGCUGGCUUGCUUAAUCAUGGGCACUCCCACUCCUUGCUUGGCCAGAAGGGCUCUUCCUCUUUCUGGGGAAGCAAGGCCCACCUCGACAGCCUGAUGAAGCUAAAACAGGCCAGUGGAGCUCUAAGCGGGGCCCUCAGCGACCUCAAAGACCUGCCUACAUUCCUGGAGAAUCACCACCACGGAGCCUUCUCCAUCAAGAGUUCCCUCCACCAUCACCACCACAAUCAGGUCUCCAAGGCCCAACACCACCACAAUGAGGGCAAGAGAGACCAGGGUCACUCACCUCCUGUCGACCUUAAGAUCCCCCAAGUUCGGGGCAUGGAUCUCUCCUGGGACUCCCAUGCCUCUGAGCUUUACGGCUAUGGCCCCAUGGGGGUUGGUGGUGGUGGCCAUGGGGAGAACACCCUGAGCCGGAAGCUGAGAGCCAUCCUGCCUAAGCAGAACCGCCGGGGAGGAAGCCUUGGAAGCCUGCUGGAUGGGGCAGCUGACUACUGGAGCGCUGACUUGGAGCACUCAAUUUCCGGGCCAGCGUACUCCACCUCCGAUGUGGAAGGGGACCCAAGCUCCAAACAGCCGAGGAAGAAGAGGGGCCGUUAUCGCCAGUACAACAGUGAGAUCCUGGAGGAGGCCAUAGCAGUAGUGAUGAGCGGGAAGAUGAGCGUGUCCAAGGCUCAGAACAUGUACGGCAUCCCGCACAGCACCCUAGAGUACAAGGUCAAGGAGCGCAUGGGAACCCUGAAGAACCCCCCAAAGAAGAAGCUCAAGCUGAUGAUGAAGAUGGAAGCUGGAGGCCAGGACUUUCCCACCGAGUCGGAGAACACACCCACCUCAACCCCACGAGAUGAUGGCCCGCCACUGGCAGCUGCAGAGCUCAAGGACAAUGUAAAAGAAGAGAUUGAUGACAAUUUCAAACCAAUCGACUAA